AUGGGUAAUGAAGUAUCCACUCCAUCGUCCAAUCCCCAGAUGCUUUCAAAUGCUCAAAAUGUCAACAUUGCAGACGAAAGUACUUUGAAUGCAGUGGGAGGCAGUGUUUACAACGUAUCCAUCGAUACUGUUCACAAUUUAGAGCCAGCCCCCGACGAUUCCGAUAAAAGCUUCGAAUCGGCUUUUGGCAGGUACGCCUCCGAUGCCCCGGUAAUUAUCGCACCAAAGAAGUUCUCAACUUUCGCUCUUGAAGGUAGCGCACUGGCAUAUGGAAUAUUCGUCGACGACAAGAGCACAGUUCAAUUUGAGGGGAAGAAUGUGAUUGACAUCGCUGGGUUUGACGAGUCCUAUGGGAUAGCCGUGAAAGGUGCCAGCAAGGUCGAUAUGGGAGCUGGAAGUACUACGAAGAUCCGCAUCGACGGAAAUCUUGUUACCUAG